AUGAGGCACCGCUCAUACUUAGGGUCUCUGAACCGACAGAGAUCAGCCCUAAUAAUCGCAGUCGUGGUUCUCUUUGUCCUAUUCGAAUCCCUACCGCUGCCAAAAACCAGACCGGAUGCCAAUUUUGAGGUCUCACAAGACCGACCCCGGUAUCUCCAUCAGUCGCCAUUUCGCACGAAUCCCAACUAUGAAUAUGAGAUCAAGCUCUCGAAUGCGCUGCGCGAUCUUGAGAUCGAGGGCCAACUCCGCGGUGAUGAGGGUGCCCCGGAUACAGUCUGGCAGAUCAUGUUGAUGGACAAUGACAAGCGAGGCGAUGAUUCCUUCCAGUUCGAGAAGAAGAACUCAGAUUGGAAGUAUUCACUCAUCAACGCCAAAUGGGCGGACAGAUUCAUAACCGAAACCCUCGCUUCAAUCCCAGACCUCGAACGCCUCUACAAAUCCUACCCAGGCUACGUCCUCCGCGGCGAUCUUCUCCGCUACCUAAUCCUCUGGUACUACGGCGGUUACUAUGCAGACGUCGACGUCUACCCAGCAACAAGCAUAAAAGCCUGCCCAUCAAUGCAGAACACAAUCUUCAACCCCAACGCCACCAUAACCAACACCAACAUCUCGCUAGUAGUCGGCAUAGAAAUCGAUGAACCCUUCGCCUCAACCGAGAAAAUGCGCGACUGGCACUGGGUACGGAGAUACGGGUUCCUACAAUACACGAUGUACGCACCACGAAGAUUCAGCCCACUCCUCCGGGAAGUAAUCGUGCGCGUGCUAUCACACACGAAACAACACAUAGCCCAGAGUCAUAUCUGGGGCGCGAGAUACAACGAAAUGACAACAUUGGAGAUAACGGGACCGGGCGUAUUCACCGAUGCCAUUCUGGACGUUCUAUCUGAAACAUUACCAUCAGACCACCGACUCAUUCAGAAGUCUGUCGAUGCAGAUGAAGGACUGGGUGACUUGUUACCGUCUUAUUCGGCUCUCCCUGUGCAGCGGGUGACGUGGGCGCCAUUUUAUCAGCUUCAAGAGACGCUUUGUGUUGAUGAAGGUGAGGCUAAGAAGACAUAG